UACAAUUGUUUAUGUAUUGGUACAAAAAUCAGAGAAACUUUGUAAGAUGGGCAGGUUCUCUCUCGGAGGGGUACGUUUUGGAGUGUGGGGUGAGGCAGGGGGGGCUAACCUCUCCCACACUUUUCAGCCUGUAUGUCAACCGACUGAUCGAUGAACUCAGUAGUACCGGCAUAGGGUGUCAUAUAGACGGAGUAUGCGUGAAUAAUAUCAGCUACGCUGACGAUAUGGUGCUGCUGAGCCCAUCGAUUGGUGCCCUCCGUAGACUCCUGAAAAUUUGCGAGUCCUACGCGGUGGCUCAUGGGCUCAAAUACAAUGCAAAAAAGAGCGAGGUAAUGAUUUUCAGACCGGAUAACAAUCGUUACACUUUGAGUCCGAAUUUCGUUUUAUGUGGUACAGCUCUAAAUCAUGUUGAGCAAUUUAAGUAUUUGGGCCACUGGGUCACCCAGGAUCUUAAGGAUAGGGUGGAUAUAGAGAGAGAGCGCAGGGCGCUGUCUGUCCGAUGCAACAUGUUGGCCCGCAGGUUUGCGCGGUGUACGGGGACUGUCAAAACUGCGCUAUUUAAAGCGUACUGUCAGUCCUUUUACACCUGUAGCCUGUGGGUUAACUAUACGCAGCGGACAUACAGCGACCUGCGCGUGCAGUAUAAUAACGCGUUCCGGGUGCUGAUGGGACUGCCGCGCUACUGCAGUGCCUCCGCGAUGUUCGCUGCGGCUAACACGGACGGAUUUGCAGCCAUCAUGCGAAAGCGGUGCGCUUCCAUCCUGCGCCGCACGCGCGACAGUCCCAACACCAUCCUGCGCGCGCUAGUUGACCGGUGGGACUCUCCGAUGCUGGCUCGCUGGAUUCGGCUGCACGCAGUCGUAUGAUUGGCCGCCAGCGUCGGGGAGUCCAUCCGGACUUGCCAUUUUAAUAUAUUUGUAUGUUACUAACACUAGUUUUGUAAGCUUGCAAUUUUACUAACAAAUAUGGAUGUAAUCAA